UGCAGCCUUGCCCUCCAGGUCCCCGGGAUCGGAUCGGAUCGCAGACAUGAGCCCGCACACCUUCCUCUUCGCCGCCCUGCUGCUGCUUCUCGCCGUCCUGGUGGAGCAGAGCGAGGCAGCCAGGCGCCCCCGGAUUAAGUGGUGUGCGGUGGGCAGCGAGGAGAAGCGCAAGUGUGACCAGUGGAGCCGACGGAGCAACCGCAAGGUGACCUGCGCCUCGGCACCCACCACGGAGGACUGCAUUGCCCUGAUCCUGAAAAAAGGUGCGGAUGCCAUGAGUCUGGACGGAGGGCACAUCUACACUGCGGGCAAGUGUGGCUUGGUGCCUGUCCUAGCAGAGAGCCAGAAAUCCUCCCGAAGCCAAGACACUGACUGCGUGAACAGACCGGUGGAAGGGUAUCUGGCUGUGGCAGCGGUUCGAAAAUCGAAUGCUGGCCUCACCUGGAACACUCUGAAGGGCAGGAGGUCGUGCCACACCGCCGUGGGCAGAACGGCAGGCUGGAACAUCCCCUUUGGGCUGCUCUUCAACCAGACAGGCUCCUGCAAUUUUGGUGAAUUCUUCAACCAAAGUUGCGCCCCUGGAUCCGACCCAAAGUCCAACCUCUGCGCUCUGUGUGUUGGCAACGAAGCGGGAGAGCACAAGUGCGCAGCCAACAGCCAGGAGAGAUACUUCGGCUACAAGGGGGCGUUCCGGUGCCUUGCUGAGAAUGCAGGAGAAGUUGCAUUUUUGAAGGAUUCCACCAUCUUGCAGAACACUGACGGGAAGAACCCUGAAGAGUGGGCUAGGGAUUUGAAGCUGGAGGACUUCGAGCUUCUGUGCCUCGAUGGCACCCGGAAGCCUGUGACUGAGGCUCAGAACUGCCACCUGGCCACGGCCCCAAAUCAUGCCGUGGUAUCUCAGAAAGAAAAGGCGCCAGUCGUUGAACGGGUGUUGCUGGAGCAACAGAUGCUGUUUGGGAGUAAUGGAACCAGGUGCCCAAGAGACUUCUGUCUGUUCCAGUCACAGACCAAAAACCUUCUGUUCAACGACAACACCGAGUGUCUGGCCAAACUCCAUGGCAAAACAACUUAUGACAAGUAUUUGGGACAGGAGUACGUCACGGCCACCACCAACGUGAAACAAUGCUCAAGCUCCUCACCCCUGAAAGACUGCACUUUACUCAGCAAGUAAUCCCCAAGGAAAUCUCCCAGCCUCCCUAGGGAGCCUCAGCCCUGAACCCCUGGCAUGUUAAACCCCGCCUUCCACCUCAGAAGGUGAAGUUUGCCAAGCUUCUGUUCCUAUAAUCUCCCACUGUCAUUUUAAGAAGAAAUAAAAUGAGAAAUAAUGA